UGUUGCAAAUGGUGGAUUGCGUUACUUUUUCUCGUGCUCCGUGUAAAAUAUUUACGUAAAAUAGUGCAAAUCUUGUGGCGCAGUGUUUCUGACUUAUAGAAACAUGUCGGAAACACUGCCGAAUAACAAAAAACAAGUUCCAAGGCAACUGCGUGAACGCAAACAACGUAAGCUCUACUCUGACGAGUGGGCUCUUGGCGAUGAUGAAGCAGAAGGCGGUAGGGGGUUCUCCCUCGCUGACAAGCUGGAGAGUCCCCGUUUUGAGCACACCGGUUCAGUUCUGGAGAUGCAUGGAACUGACCUAACUGUCGCCUCCCUCCAGAAGAAUGGCUUCACAACUCCAUUGCUGUUUAAAGAGAAAACUGGAUUGGGAUUACGGGUGCCGACUAGCAACUUCACAGUGAACGAUGUGCGCAUGUGCGUCGGAUCAAGGCGGCUUCUCGACGUCAUGGACGUAAAUACGCAGAAAAACAUCGAGAUGACAAUGAAGGACUGGCAGCGCUACUAUGACGAUCCAAACAAGGAGAGACUGUUGAAUGUCAUUUCGCUAGAGUUCUCCCACACGCGGCUCGAGAACUAUGUACAAGCUCCGCGUAUCGUGCGACUUAUUGACUGGGUCGACACUGUGUGGCCACGACAUUUGAAGGAUCAACAGACUGAAUCCACAAAUGCGUUAGACGACAUGAUGUAUCCGAAGGUGCAGAAAUAUUGUCUCAUGUCAGUCAAGGGUUGCUACACCGAUUUUCAUAUCGAUUUUGGCGGUACCUCAGUUUGGUAUCACAUUCUAAGAGGAGCAAAAGUAUUCUGGCUGAUUCCGCCUACAGAAGAUAAUCUACAACUCUAUGAGAAAUGGGUGCUAUCCGGAAAACAAUCUGACGUUUUUUUCGGAGACACUGUCGAAACGUGUAUAAGGGUGCAUUUACAAGCUGGCCAUACAUUCUUCAUCCCCACUGGAUGGAUUCACGCUGUUUAUACUCCGAGUGAUUCUUUGGUCUUCGGUGGCAAUUUCCUGCAUCAGUUCGGGAUAGAAAAGCAGUUGAAAAUUGCCCAAGUUGAGGAUGUCACUAAGGUGCCUCAGAAGUUCCGCUACCCAUUCUUCACCGAGAUGCUGUGGUACGUCCUUGACCGGUACGUGACCGCGCUGUUGGGACGUUCGCACCUAGCGCCUGAAGGCCAGCCUCCCCCUCCGCCCGCACCAAAGGAUCAUAUCCAUCUUACCCAGAACGAACUGCAUGGCUUGAAGGCCAUAGUCGUGUAUUUACAUCAGUUGCCAGCCGCUCGGAAAUCUGUACCAGAGCUUCUGACGGAUCCCAUCGCGCUUGUUCGCGAUGUACGGACGCUGGUGGAACAGCAUCGGCACGACAUACAACAACAGGCUGUCACUGGUAUACCGGUUCUGAAAGGGCCAGAUGAUGUGGUAACAGGCGAGCGUCGUCAGUCGAGCGGACGCGGCGGUCGCGGGGGGCAUCGCGGCCAACCCGCUCGUCCGCGGCCAGAUCAUGCCAAUAACGCACCCAGGCGGAGGCGGACCAGAUGCAAGAAAUGCGAGGCGUGCCAACGCACAGAUUGCGGUGAUUGCGUGUUUUGUCACGACAUGGUCAAGUUUGGUGGGCUCGGUCGCGCCAAACAGACUUGUAUUAUGCGACAAUGCUUACAGCCCAUGUUGCCGGUGACAGCUUCGUGCGCAGUGUGCCACCUGGACGGCUGGAUGCAGACACCCGUCGCGCCGCAGGCUAAGGGUAACUCGGGACGAAACGGCCCGUCAUCGCUCCGCGAGUGUUCAGUGUGCUAUAGCAUCGUGCAUCCCGCUUGUGUACCUCCUGGAGGGCAAAUCAAUGAAGAUCUUCCGAACUCUUGGGAGUGCCCCACUUGUACCACAAUGGGUCUCAAUCAUGAUUACAAGCCACGUCACUUCAGAGCCCGUCAAAAGUCGUCUGAUUUGCGCCGCAUUAGUGUUGGUUCUGAUGUUAGUCAGCUCAGUCAACACCACAGCACUCAGAACAAGAUAUCAGUGCCACUGCCUUCAACAACAAUAAAGACUGAAGUUGGAUCAGAUAAUGAGAGCAAAUCUGAUGCUACCCAUAUUAAAACUGAAGAUGAAAUAAAACGUGAAGAAGAGACCACAAGUGCCACAGGAGGAGAUGACAACAAAGGCGACUGGGAACCCGCCAACAAGAAACGUCGCGCAAGUGAUGAAGAUGAGGCGCCUAAAAAACAAGCCCUUAGAGCACAUCUUGCCUUGCAGCUUACACAUCACUCUGCAAAGAAUAGACCAAAGAGGACUUCAUUCCAGGUGCUCAAGAAGCCACUGUAUCCAGUACGACCGGCUCCGCUGUCGCUGUCGUCAACUACUGGCUCCCCGUGGUUGGACCGCGACGCAAUGUUGUGCGUGUUCGCUAAGCUCACACCGCACGAGUUAGCAACUUGCGCUCUCGUCUGCAAGGCCUGGGCUGAAUACUCGAUGGAUCCGUCGAUAUGGCGUAGUAUGUCGUUCGUGCAAGUGCGAGUGUCAGCAGCCCAACUGGCCGGAAUCGCUCGACGGCAACCGCUCAGUCUUGGUCUUGAGUGGUGCCACUUAGCAAGGCGGCAGCUUGCGUGGCUACUAGCACGCCUUCCAGCACUCCGAUCUCUAUCCCUGGCAGGGUCACCAGCAGAAGCAGCCUUGGCCCUUCGUUCAAGUUCAUGUCCACCACUCACAGCCCUUGAUCUCUCAUUUGCGAGGUGUCUGGACGAUGCCAAACUUCGCGGUAUCUUGGCACCUCCGGAGAAUUCUAGACCUGGUGGAGGAGCCAGGUCAGGAAUGGAACCGUCACGGCUGGCAGCAUUGGCGGUUCUGCGGCUGCCGGGGACUGAUAUCACUGAUGUCGCUAUGCUGUAUAUUGUACAGGCUCUACCAAAGUUAUGCGAGCUGGACGCGUCAUCAUGCGCGCGCCUUACGGAUGCGGGCGCGGCACAACUGGCUCAUCACGGCUUGCAAAGGCUAUCACUAGCCGGCUGCAGGCUCCUUACAGAGGCCGCGUUGGACCACUUGGCCAGGUGUCCAAAUCUCGUCAGAUUAGAUCUAAGGCACGUGCCCUUGGUGUCAACGCAAGCAGUGAUCAAAUUCGCAGCGAAGUCCAAACACAAUCUCCAUGUUAAGGAUGUAAAGUUGGUCGAGCUACGGAAUACCUGAUGCGAACCUCAGCCCGAUGAGGCACCUGAAGAGACACAAGAUACGCAAGAGAUCCAAGAAACAAUAGAGGAAGUUAACACAGAAGAGGAUAAGUGAACAGUGAUAUAGAUUAGUGAUGUUGGUGGCAUAGCAAAGUGAUCCUUAUGUACUUGUACUGUGAAGACAAAUUUAGUGUGAAUGAACUUCAGUGAUCUUUAUCAUAAGAUAAAUUGAAAGAUGAACCUUAUCUUAUUGGCUGAGCCCUUUUGAACAAUGGCAUUGAAAUCGUUACCAUAUGUAAAAUGGACUCUUCAUAAAACUGUCAAAAGUCAUUUUUUCCAUCUAACUUGAUACUGACUGCUCUGAUUUUACGAACCUUCUACUCCUACACAUUAUUCCAUGUUUGAAAAUAUGUCAAAUUUUCACCUACAGCAAUCAUGUUUUACUGUGUAAGAGUAAAGGGCUCUAUGAGGAAUACACACUACUUUGACAAUCGUAACAGCAGUUUUUGUUAUAUGGAAAAAGGACUGGAAUAUGCGAUAUAGGGUCUUGAUGAUUGUAAGAAUCAUUAAUGGUGACGAUUGAAAUGUUAUAUAGAAAAGAGCCAGCGUUAGUACUUUAAGUUGAAUAUUUAGCGCCCUUCUGCACUAUUGUAUUGUGUUACGGGCAAACUUAUUGAGUGUGCAAAGUUGAUAAAUCAUUACAAACUUCAGCUCAUUUCACCUUAUUAGUCAAGUGAAUGACUGGUGGGUAUUCUAUUAAUAUUAUUUUGAAAAUAAAUUAAAUAUUUUCAAAGUAAUAUAAUAUUAAAGUAAUAUUUAUAUUAUUUUGAAACUUUUAUUGUAUAAGACAGUAUAAGGUUAACAUGUACGUGUUUUGUUUACACCACAGGAGCCGGGACGGAUGUUGUUAGGGUCCUUGUAGGCUGCAGACAUAGACUAGUCCACCUAUGUAGGUGGUAUUUCGCGUGAGAAAUUCAUUGCUGAAAAUCAGCUACGAAUUUUCGUCCCCUAGUUGUCUUCUGUCCUGGCUUGUGUGUGCUUUAAUAUUCACUUUGUUCACUUGUGCAGUUUGCCAUGCAAUAUUUUUUAUUACAUUGACCACAUUUGCCAAAAAUAAAAAUAAAUGAUGUAACAUUAUUUUAUUAUACCUACCAAAUAUGUAUUGUGAUCAGACAUUUCGCACAACAUAUCAAAUCGAAAUUACAUACUAUCAAUAUGAGUAUAGUGUGAAAUGCAACGUAGUGUACUAAAAACAAAGACUUAUUCCUAGUAAGUGAUACAUUUGUAAUAUUAAUAUUUUUAGACAGGUCCACGAGCUCAUUAUUCUGUCAUGUAAAUAGUAACAUAGUAUUUUAACUACUGCUAUCUUCAAUUAAUUAUCAUUUUAUAAUCUUAAAGAGACUACAUAUUGUACUCGUGGCAGUUCUGCCGGCUAUUUGUGUGCGGUAUUAAGAACGCGAGUUUAGAACGCCUUGCGAAGUUUGUAGGAUGGCAUUUACCAGAUUGGCUCGAUUAUAAGGCAAAUAAACAAAAUAUAAUAUAUUAAGUUUGGAGACUAUUUUGUAGUAUGUAGUCCCCCUAAGAUUUAGGUAUUUUUUUUAUAUUAUCCUCCUAAUCUAAAUUGGUUUUCGCUUAGUUGAAAAACUAAAUCAUGAUGACCAUUUUCAGUAAUUUUAAUCUAAAGACGAAAAGCGUACCGACGAUAUUCUGACGUUCCGAAACGCUGGCAAAUAACAAAUGUGAUGCGGGAGGCGGCUUGGAUUGCAUCAGUGUAUUUCGUGCCACGUCGCGCGAACAAGAUCAUGACUAAGAGCCCCGGAUGGGUUCGAAACUAGUCUGGCAAUCUCCGACGAAAAUUCACAUGAGUUGAGUUCAGCCGUCUAUUAAACAAUUAAAACUUUAGAAACGUUUUACGAUAAAACCUAGAAAACAUUUUCUUUUUAUUUUUCAUACGACACAAUUGCGAUGAUUUAAAAUAUCAACCAAGAGUUUUAGGGCUACUACAUUUUCUGUAGUACUUGUCCCCUGAGAAAUCACGCCUACUGAGUGCGUAUACACUCAACGUAAACACGCAACAUACAGAAUUCAAAUACCAUUCGAUUAUAGUGUUCCAGGCGCUAGGUAUUAUCUAUAAACCUGUACGAAUGUACGUAGUGUCGAGAUGUACACAUUGCACACGCACCAAGAGAUCGCAGAUUUUAUUCGUCGUAGGUUUACCUACCUUUUACGCAACGCAGAAGUACAGAAGUCUAUUAAACGUCCAACUAUAGCUUACGUCAAUACGAACUUGCAUUUUUAGUACAUACGUACCAAUAAAACAAAGCCUUUAUUCGUCGUGGAUUUUGCCUUGGUCGGAAUGGACGCAACGUACAAAUGCGGAAAACUGCAUAUUUAAUAAUUCUGGGGCAAGAUAUGUCAUGCGUGCGAACGCACCGCGUACCUCAAUACGAACGUGCGAACUUACGUAGCGUGUUCAUACGCACCUCGUGGGUUUUCUAAUUUUUAUUAUUAUUAUUUAAUCUAUUUGUGUAAUGUCUUCACCUUAGUGCCAAUACUUGAAACUUCCGGAUAUGGAGCACACUUUUCAUUGCACAACAGAAAUAUAUUAUGUCUUAUUGAAAGUUAAAAAUUAUAAUUUUAUUGCAUGCUGUUGUUGCAUUGCUAUAAUAUAUAUUAUAUUGUUAUUAUUUAUGUGUCUCAUUGAGGCAUCAUUUUAUGUUUACCAAAAGUACCACAUACAUAAAUAUCAACUAAAAAGAGAUUUAAUGCAAACAAAGUUUGAUGUUAUUGCGUAUGAGAGUAAAGUUCCCUUAAACCAAAGUUUGGACUUUACAUGUAUCGUCCAUUUCAUCUAGACCUGGAGCCCAAGACAACAUUAAAAUUGAGUAUUUAUUACUUGGAUUGGAGCAGUGCGCGCAUUUUUCUGACAUAUUUCUCUGUAAAAAUACUUUCGGUAAACGAGAUACAGCCGUACCUAGUGUGGGUGCCAACGGAAGUUGAAUUGUCAAAUUGUUUAAUGUUUAUAAGAGUUUUUAUUUUUCGUACGUUUGUAAUUGAUCACAGACAAAAACUUAUUGUAAAAGCAAUCUUGGGGCGCCCCAAGAAUGCACUCGUUCAGCGGAUUCAAAACGCUUUUUCUAUCACACGCAAACAACGUAUGAGUUUGUUUACAAAAAUUAUCUUCAUUCGUUGGCUUUUGUUUAGAAAUAGUUGUUGUAAAAUUCUUCUUUUAUUUCAAAUAGAUCCUGUUUCAUAGUUUGAUAAAAAUGUUAAACUGAUUUCAUUAAUAGCCUACCCAUUGGUUUAUAAAUAAAGAAAAAAUCUGUAAAAGCAACAUCUAAUUUGUUUGUAAAAUAUGUACUUUAAAUGUGGAUAUGAGCUAGAGUUGGAGUUUAAGGGGCAAAAUUCAUUAUCUCCAUCGAAGGCCAGUAUAUACCUGGAACUCUGCAAUCGGAUCUAUCAUAGUAACGUUUAAUUUAAACGCUGACUUUAAUAUAACUUGUAAAUAUAACAAUAUUUAUUACUUCCUAACCGACACAAAGCUUUUUAUCUUAGUUUCAUGACAACAUCCAAUUUCUUGUAUUCUUGUUUAGUUAUAGUCGCUUCUUAGGUUAAGCCAAUUGUUAAUUAUUAAAUAGCUGUAAUAAUCAAAGAUCCAGAUUGAAUCUUUGGUAAUAAUAACCAAAAUAUGUGGUUUUAUUUCAAAAUCUUUUGAGGCUACGUCAUACAAUUUUUACCGAAGUCGUCAAUCUCUCACAAAUACCCAUUUUUAGUGUUGUAUGUGUACUCGUGUCCCUUACAUGAAAUGUGUUUACCUAAAAUAAAAGAGUUAAUUCGGUCAAAAGAUUGUCAAAAAGAUUGACUUAACAAAGAGAAAAAAAAAUGAGAAAAAGAUUGGAACUCCUAUAAGUUGCUUUAGUUUAGGAUUUAAGUUACAACUGAAUUAUCACAUGUAUUUACGUCGCCUAAUACGCUCGCUUUCGAUUUUCGUUUUCGAGUAUCUAGACAUUAUAAUGUCAAUUAUUAGUACACCUAAGUUGCUUUUUAUCAAAAUCCUAUUUUCUGUACAAAAGUCCGCUAGCAGCGCAAGGUCAGGAAUUACGCUAUAAGUCGAGUUGAAUUAGAUAAAUGUUAUUCUGUUUCGAUACUUAAAGCGACUUUUAGCUUGCGAGGAUGCGAUUUUCAUACUAAGGGUCUACAGUAUCUAUUCUCUUUUACAAAUCAUCCCCGAAGAGGUUCUAUUGAGAAUAAUUUAAUAAUAUUAAUAGUUGUUUUCCACGAGGGGACAAUAGAAUACGUCGAUAAAAUCUAGUGCCUAGUGUGAAAUUUUCUACCUACGUCCCUUUACUCAGUCGCAUGAUAGUUAACUAAGAUUUGUACGGAAUCGACAGAGAGCCAUCUAGUUACAAUACUGGUAAAAAUUAUUAUAACUAGAUGGACGGAGAUUGAUGGAUGGAACGUAGGUACAAAAUCUCACAACAGGCACGCUGUAAGGAAACCGACUCUGGUCACAGUAUGCGAGGUCGGAGGGCCGCCUAUAGUAUUAGAUUAGUGAAUUAGGUACUAUUGACAUCCGACAUAGUAUUAAUACGCAAAGAUGUAUACUUGACAAAAUUAUUCACAAACACAUUCACGAAAAUCUUUCAUUGAAGAUAAAUUAAUAAUAUCAAUUGUAAUGAUAAACUUUAUUGUAAAUAAAUUUUAAAAUAAAAAAAAUUAAAUACGCAUACAUUCUGCAAUGUGUAUGUUUUUGUGAGUUUGUAAAUAACAUGAAGUAUUACUUAUAACAACUGGUAAAUCUUUAAAAACUAAGUUCAGAUAAUCGAGCGAUGUUGCAUUUUGUACAUAUGCAUAUUUGAUACAGGAUAAAGCAUUCUUUGAGGGAUAAGUUGAUCGAACGCUUCCGCAAGAAUCGUACGAACAUUAUUUUACAUACUGAUAACGUGUUUAUCCAAAUGGUUUGAAAAGGGGAUCACUGCAUGAAUCCAAUAUUGUAACAUUUACGAUGAAACUUUGCAUCGCGCGAUUGUCUGACACCUAGCUGAAAUAUAGCUAUAAGCAUGGUGUGCCUCUGUGUAUAGAAAUAUAAAGAAACGUUAAAAAAAUAUAUUAAAUAAAAUAAAUAAUAUUGUUAGUCACAUCAAAAUUUAUCAUCCAAGAGUUUUGUGAGUGAUGAUUCUAUUAAAAAAAAAUUUACUUAUCAGAAAAUGUAACAUAGAUGAUAUUAAUUAUAGUUUUAUAAGGAUUGCCUUAUGAGCUUGUCAAACGAACAGCGAAACGGAUGCGAACUGGGUCGACUGUUGAUUUGUAGAUAUGUCUUUUAAAGACGAACUGUUUAUGCCUUAAAAUGGAAAAAAAAGGAGUUUUGCCACUCUAGUCUUCUUUUUUUUAUAAAUGUAACGGAUUUAAUUUAGAUUUUUUUUACUAUGCCACCAUUUUUUUUUCGGGGAAUAUGUUUAUUAUAGAUUGGCAUUUUUUUAUUGACCUUUUCUUGUUCGGUUCGCUGUAAAUUUGAAUAGGGCAUUAGCGAUGGUAUAAAAGACUUGAGAGAGACUUUGUUUUGUAUUGGCUAGGCUCGCAUGCUGGCAACACUGGUAGGAAUGGUGAUAUUACAGCUAAGUCUAGCUCUACGAUUAACGAUGUUAUGUGAAAUUGAUGGUUUUAUGAGUCGUAACAUUGUAUCAUUGGUUACCAUAAGCACUUAUAGUAUUUGAAAUAAAUAUUUACAUUGAAAAUGUU